GCGCGUUUCGCCUUCGCUGUCGUCGCCGCGUCCGCAGUCACAGCUGCUUGCGCCCCCGCUCCGGUCAGUGGUGCAGCCGGACCAGCACCAUGUCGCUCUCUCGGUCAGAGGAGAUGCAUCGGCUCACGGAAAAUGUCUACAAGACCAUCAUGGAGCAGUUCAACCCCAGCCUGCGGAACUUCAUCGCCAUGGGCAAGAACUACGAGAAGGCGCUGGCAGGUGUGACGUAUGCUGCCAAAGGUUAUUUCGACGCCCUGGUGAAGAUGGGCGAGCUGGCUAGCGAGAGCCAGGGCUCCAAAGAACUCGGGGACGUUCUCUUCCAGAUGGCUGAAGUCCACAGGCAGAUUCAAAAUCAAUUGGAAGAAAUGCUGAAGUCUUUUCACAACGAGCUGCUAACGCAGCUGGAGCAGAAGGUGGAGCUGGACUCCAGGUACCUGAGCGCUGCGCUGAAGAAAUACCAGACGGAGCAAAGGAGCAAAGGUGAUGCGCUGGACAAGUGCCAGGCCGAGCUGAAGAAGCUCCGCAAGAAGAGCCAAGGGAGCAAAAACCCCCAGAAGUACUCGGACAAGGAGCUGCAGUACAUCGACGCCAUCGGCAACAAGCAGGGGGAGCUGGAGGGCUACGUGUCCGAUGGCUACAAGACUGCCCUCACCGAGGAGAGGAGGAGGUUCUGCUUCCUGGUGGAGAAGCAGUGUGCCGUGGCCAAGAACUCCGCCGCCUACCACUCCAAGGGCAAGGAGCUGCUGGCGCAGAAGCUGCCACUAUGGCAGCAGGCCUGUGCCGACCCCAACAAGAUCCCAGACCGCGCCGUGCAGCUGAUGCAGCAGAUGGCCAGCAGCAACGGGUCUAUACUCCCCAGCGGCCUGUCGGCCUCCAAGUCCAACCUGGUCAUCUCAGACCCCAUUCCGGGGGCCAAGCCCCUGCCGGUGCCCCCUGAGCUGGCCCCGUUUGUGGGGCGGCUGUCUGCCCAGGAGAACACGCCUGUCAUGAAUGGCGUCUCGGGCCCAGACAACGAGGACUACAACCCCUGGGCUGACCGCAAGGCCGCCCAGCCCAAGUCCACGUCUCCUCCGCAGUCUCAGAGCAAGCUGAGCGACUCCUACUCCAACACGCUUCCUGUGCGCAAGAGCGUGGCCCCCAAGAACAGCUACGCCACCACCGAGAACAAGACCCUGCCCCGCUCGAGCUCCAUGGCAGCUGGUCUGGAGCGCAAUGGCCGCAUGCGGGUGAAGGCCAUUUUCUCCCACGCGGCUGGGGACAACAGCACCCUACUGAGCUUCAAGGAGGGCGACUUCAUCACCCUGCUGGUGCCCGAGGCCCGUGACGGCUGGCACUACGGCGAGAGCGAGAAGACCAAGAUGCGGGGCUGGUUUCCCUUCUCCUAUACCCGGGUCCUGGACGGCGACGGCGGUGACAGAUUGCACAUGAGCCUGCAGCAGGGCAAGAGCAGCAGCACGGGCAACCUCCUGGACAAGGAAGACCUGGCCCUCCCGCCCCCGGACUACGGCACAUCCUCCCGGGCCUUCCCCGCCCAGACGGCCGGCACUUUCAAGCAGAGGCCCUACAGCGUGGCCGUGCCUGCCUUCUCCCAGGGUUUGGAUGAUUACGGGGCGCGGGCCGUGAGCAGGAAUCCCUUCGCCAGCGUCCAGCUGAAGCCGACGGUGACCAAUGACAGGUCUGCCCCACUCCUCAGCUGACGGCCACGUCUGCACCCACUGCCCGUGGGGCCCCUCCUCCCCCACCCUGACCUGUAACCUGUUUUGUUACAAUCUGCUUGCUCCCCAUUUAGAGAAUUCUCUCCUUCCAAGCCCUUCUGCCCCCACCUCAGUCUGGCCUGGGCUGGACCCUAGGGUCAGGAGGUGGCGUGGCCGUGGCCAAGGAGAAUGAGGGGGGCUGGCCCCUGGAGCGGGGACCUGCUGCCUGGGCUGUGCGGCCAACCUUUUGGAUCAGGCCCAUCUGUUGUGUGGGCCAGGGAGCCCCCAGGGUGCAGGGAGGGCCAUCGCAUCAGCUUGUAAAGGGGAGCCCCUGUCUGGUCAGUAACGAGGCUGCCCACCUGUACGUGCCUGCAGCAGCAUGCAGGGGCAAGGGGAGGGCGAGGGCCUGCCCCCCUUCCUUGGAUUUAUUAUGCGCACAACUUCCUGGCAGACCCUUUAUUGGGGAUUUGCUGAUUCUCCCCCCUCCCACUGGCAGUUUUGUGGGCCUCUCUGUCCCAGUUUCUCCCUGCCCACACCCUAACUCCCAUCCAGAACUGGCUGCAGGGCCCCCGGCUCUCCUCCCUGUCCCCAGGGCGGUCGGGGCUGUGGCCUGGCUCCCCAAGCUGUGUGCCAUUGAGGGGGUCCUGUCCCAGGAUUCCUGGGUGGGCCCCCUCAAUGCGCUGGCUGUUUCCAUAUUUCAGCUGAAAUACAAGAUUGUAGACACUUUAUCGGAUCCGUGCUGUCUGACAUUUGAGGCUGAAAUACAGCCGUGCAGCCCCGUUGGUGACAGCAGCCCUUAGCUCGGGAGACGCUCUGGGCAGCGUUCGCUUGCUCCUCCCAGACCCUCCCAGGAGGGGCUCUGCGCACAGCCCGGAACACAAAGCACAGGGGGCGGGACCCCAGAGGCUCUCACCUGGCAGGAGCUGGAGGCAGGCCGGGUGGGGCGAGGCAGGGUCCCAGGGCAGAUGUUUGCGGUGGAGGCGCAGAAGCCCCACCUCCUCACAACCCACCUUGCUCCCAGCUCACCGCCCCCUCCCCCGGCCUCCCCGUGCUGAGGGACAGGGGCGACCCCUGGAGAGGCAGGAGGAAGAGCUUCCCGGAGAGGUCCCCGCUCACCCUUACCUAGGCAGGGCCAGCUUCCAGGCAGGAAGUGAGGGCUGCAGGCGUCAGUCCGCUGGCCCUGUUCUGGGAAGACACCCCAACCUGGGCACCCUAGGGGCCCAAGGUCACUGUCUCCCUCCACCAAGGUGUGCCAAGGACAGCUAGAGGAAGGGGUGGUCUCCCUCCUGCAUCCCCCAGUGGUCAGAAGGGACUAUAGGGACCCCACCCCAGCACGGCCCAUGCCCCCUCCUGCCCAAGGCUUUAUCUGCAGACUGACUCCAAAAGAAAACACGCUUAGCAUGAAGGCUUUUUUCCUUAGCUUUGAUUUCUCUUAAAAAACAGACAAGAAAGGAACAAGACGAUCAUUGUACCAGCAUCAUAAGCCUCAAAUAAACAAAAAACAAACUCAAAACAAGUCCCCACCCACACCCCAAAAGCAACAAUAAAUUUUACGUCUC